CCUUGGGCGAUCUUUCUUGCACGACCUGUCUAUUUCAACCUCAGCUCGCGACCGGGACCCGUCACCCCCAAUUCCUAUCCGAGAGACCCUAGCCAGCUGCUUUACGCAUCUUGUUAGCGAAAGAGAUAUCCCCCACCGAGACUUUGCCGACCUCUGCCACGCACUCUUGAAUCAACUCUGCCCGCCAUGGAGCCUCGCGCCCGCGCCGCCAAAAAUGUUGGCAAGAUGAACUUCAGCCACAAUGAGCUGGCACAGCUCCUCUAUGCCCACGGCGACGUCCGCAACCCGCUGCCCGAGACGAUCCGCGUGCUCGAUGAGAUUGUGACCGAGUUCAUCCAGGGCAUGGCCUUUGAGGCGACUCGCGCGGCCAACUACGCGGGUCGCCAAAAGGUCAAGUACGAGGAUUUUGAGUUCGCGUUCCGCAAGAACGACGCGUUCCUCGGCAAGGUGCAGGAAGUGUUUGAGAAGAAGGGCGAGAUCGAGUCGGCCAAAAAGAUCUUCACAAAGGAUGACGAGGCCGUGCUCAUGAAGGACGCGGCGGACCAGGAGCACAAGAAGGACAAGCCGGCGAACGGGACGGGCGAGCCCCCCACGGCAGCGGAGGCGGCAGCGAAGCAGGAGGAGGAGCUGGGCGAGGCGGACGACGACGCCGACGCCGAGAGCGAGGUUGCGGGACGGCCGGCGAAGAGGGUCCGGCUCGACGGGGAGGCGAAGUGAGUCUCGAGGCGCCGCGAAAGGCGGACGCGAACGGUAAAGGUGUUUUUCUAUUGGGUUCACGGCAUAGCGACUUGGCGUUUUUUUCUCUUCUUAUUUCUUUUCUUUUGGAUGACCGACAUCGGGCAUUGGUUUAGAGGGUCCCGUCACGGACAAGACUGGGAAAAAGGAACACGACCAUGAGAAUGACAAUAUAAUCAAUAUCAGAGGGCCUCCCCUGCAAGGCGCGUCGAGAGUUUUUCACAUCGUGAUUCGUGGUCUCGCCAAGAUAGA